AAAGUCCUUGUUUAGGAGUGAAGUCCUUUACUUCUUUUCCGAACUUGUCACUCCUCUCCGAUCCCUAUUGUCGACUAGCCGAAAGCCCUCAACUCCUUUCCGAUCUUCGUCGUCGAAAAGACCCAGUCACUCCUCAAUCUCUUUUUCCGAUGACUUAUAAACUUUCUGAUCCAAGCGAAGUGGAUUCCAGUUAAGAACCGCCCAGUACAUCUCUAAUCCACAACCGAGAAUCCAAAUCCUUACCCGUACUUUUUUCUUGGUUUAGCUCACAAUCAAUUGCAAAGUAGAGUGCUCACCUUUCUGCUUUCCAGAAUUUUCUCGACCCAUUUUAGGAUGGACAUCAUUUCACAGUUACAAGAACAAGUGAAUCAAAUUGCGGGCAUUGCCUUUAAUACCUUUGGGACCCUGCAAAGGGAUGCUCCUCCUGUUAGGCUCUCUCCAAACUACCCAGAACCACCAGCUACGAAUCCUCCAGAGGACGCGGCAAGUUUUCUGGAGCAACCCAAGCUCAUGAGUGCUGCUCUUGUAAAAGCAGCUAAGCAGUUUGAUGCAUUGGUGGCAGCUCUUCCAUUAGCUGAGGGUGGUGAAGAAGCUCAAUUGAAAAGGAUUGCAGAACUCCAGUCCGAGAAUGAUGCUGUGGGUCAAGAGUUGCAGAGGCAACUAGAAGCUGCUGAGAAGGAAUUGAAACAGGUGCAAGAGUUGUUCAGCCAAGCAGUGGAUAAUUGCUUGAAUUUAAAGAAACCAGAUUGAAUGAAGUGUGACUGGUAAAUUCCACCCAUAUAUAUAUAUAUAUAUUAGUCAUGUAGGGUCUGUACUUGUUAUCUUAAUUUGAAUGUAUCUAGUCCAUGUGUUACCAGUUUUGUUAUAUGAGAAGCAACUUAAUUUUGGAAUUAUGUCUUUAAAUUAGGAAACCACUGUUGUUUGAUCCGUUAUGUUAUCACAUGAGCAUGAAUUUCGAAUUUUCA